AUGGCCACCUCAACCCUGGAGAACCAGCUGCAGAGUGCCCAGAAGAACCUGCUGUUCCUGCAGAGAGAACAUGCCAACACGCUGAAGGGGCUGCACGCCGAGCUGCGCCGCCUGCAGCAGCACUGCACAGAUUUAACCUAUGAGCUGACUGUAAAGAGUUCAGACUUGUCAGAAAGUGGCAGCUCACGAAGCGAUGAACUCAAAAGUAAGUGCAAAGACCUCGAAGCUCAGCUGAAAAUCAAAGAGGCCGAAAACAGUGAAUUGUUGAAAGAACUGGAACAAAAGAACGCGAUGAUAAUGGUGCUGGAAAACACUAUUAAAGAGCGAGAGAAGAAGUACUUGGAAGAGUUAAAAAUGAAAAGCCAUAAGCUCAAUAUGUUGUCCAGCGAACUGGAGCAGAGAGCGAGCACCAUCGCCUACCUGACCUCCCAGCUGCACGCCACCAAGAAGAAGCUGCUGAGCGCCAGCGGGACCGCGGAGGGGACCCCGUCGGGCAGCCCCGUGCUGUCCGGCUACAAACCCUCCCCGCCCAAGGACAAACUGCCCGAGACGCCGCGGCGCAGGAUGAAGAAGAGCCUGUCCACGCCGCUGAACCCCGAGUUCGAAGAGGCCUACAGAAUAGGGUCUGAGAGCAGGAAGCUGCUGCUGCGAGAGCCCGUGGAUGCCAUGCCCGACCCCACGCCC